AUGGAGUUCCUCUCUACAUCGCCGUCCACGACGGCCAGCGAAAGCUCUUGCGAUGACUCGACCGGCCCUACUACCCCGGAAAGCAUCAGCCCUCUUCUUGGCGCCGCGCGUAUUGAAGACGCUCUCGAAACACCACUUGCUCAAUACCUCAACAGCAUGAAGCCUCCUGUCAACGCGCUCGCCGCCAAAAAGCUUCCUUUUCAUGCUGCUCCCAAUCAAAGAGAAGCUCUUUUUGCCAAGCCUGUGAGGCAUAUUGCUGUGGUUGGAGCAGGAUACGUUGGUGGACCAACCGCCGCAGUCAUCGCAUUGCAUAACCCGCAUAUUCGGGUAGAUGUGCUAGACAAAGAUCCGCGACGUGUGCGCCGGUGGAAUUCACCUCAUCUUCCUAUAUAUGAGCCAGGUCUGGUUGAUAUAGUCAGAGUGAGUCGCGACGGAGCCAGUGCACGCUUGAGGGAUGCCUCAGUCGAAGAUACUCCAGUGAAUCGCAUUCCCAACCUAUUCUUCACGACCGAUUCACAGACCAGUCUGGCCAAGGCCGAUGUGGUUAUGCUAGCUGUUAACACGCCAACAAAGACUUUUGGCGUUGGAGGUGGCCGCGCAACUAAUAUGACAACUUUUGAUGCGGCAGCCAAAGAGGUCGCCUUGUAUGCGAGACCCGGCACAAUCAUUGUCGAGAAGAGUACAGUACCGUGUGGCACAGCGCAGCGAGUGCGAAAGAUGCUGGACGAAGUCCGCCCUGGUGUUGCGUUUGAGAUUAUCUCCAAUCCAGAGUUUCUGUCAGAAGGCACAGCCGUGAAGAAUUUGAUGAAACCCGAUCGUGUACUCAUUGGUUCGGCCAAGACUCCUUCAGGCCGCCGGGCUGCAGAGGCUCUCGCCAAUGUCUAUGCGGCCUGGGUUCCUCGUCCUCGAAUCCUCGAAGUUAAUGCUUGGUCCUCUGAGCUUGCCAAACUAGUUAGCAAUGCAAUGCUUGCUCAACGUAUCAGCAGCAUCAACUCCAUCAGUGCCAUUUGCGACAAGACCGGAGCUGAUAUCGAUGAGAUUGCCAAAUCAGCUGGUAUUGACCCUCGCAUCGGCUCACAGUUCCUCAAGGCUGGCCUGGGGUUCGGUGGUUCAUGCUUCCGCAAAGAUAUCUCCAGUUUAACAUACUUGGCUGAGUCGCUGGGAUUGCCCGAAGUGGCGCAUUACUGGAGUCAAGUCAAUUCGAUGAACGAAUGGCAACGAGACCGCUUCGCUUAUAAGAUUAUUCAGCGUUUGGAAGAGAACUUGGUUGGCAAAAAGAUUGCUCUGUUGGGAUUCGCUUUCAAGAAGAAUACUGGUGACACCCGCGAGUCUCUAGCAGUGGAUGUCAUCCGAGUUUUGUUACAGGAAAGGCCUGGAGAAAUCGCCAUUUUCGACCCCUGCUGCCUGUCUGAGAAUAUUAUGCGUGAAUUAGAGCCAAUAUUAGAUGCCACCAACCGGGAACGUGUCCACGUGUACUCUGAUGGGUAUCAGGCAUGCCAACAAGCACACGCAGUGGUUGUCAUUAACGACUCUGAUCCAUUCCGUCAAUCUCCUGCCAAGCAGUCUGUUAAGUCAAACAUCGAUACAGUUGCACGGACACCUUAUUACGAGACUCCUGCACACACCGCGCACGCCGGUUUAGAAGAGGAUAUGACCAUUGAGGGAAGUCGCUUCAAUUACCGACCAGGUCAAUCACCCAUUUGCGCCGAGGACUGCCCAGACUGCCAAUCGGUCAAAUUACGAGGAACUAUGUCAAGUGAGCCAGUCGAAUGGGCACGCAUUGCAUACGGCAUGAAGGAUCCCAAAUGGAUCUUUGACGGUCGUGGAGUGUUGGAUGUGCCAGAAAUGGAGAAACUCGGUUAUCGCGUAGAGACGCUGGGUCGUCAAACAAGCUCUCGUCAGACUGCAUUUUAA